CUCACGUCAAAAACAGGAUUUGCGUUCGAGCUCCGACCUCAAGUCUGUGUCCUUUUUAAAACGUUUAUAUUUAUUUAUUUUCAGAGGAGGGACAACAUCAAACUACACAGACAAGAGUGAAAAUUACCGACGGUGUCAACACGGGGAGAACUCUUAUUCAGCCCUGAAACGUUUGUAUCUCUCCUCGAAAGGCUGAAAAACUACGUUAAACGUCAGUGAGCAGCCGGCCGAAUGGAUCGAUACGACAACUUGGAUUUGGAGUGUGAUGGAGAUGGAGGAAACGUCGCACAAAAGACGGCUUUAUUUGGUGGGAUUUUCAAGAAGUCUUCCAAAAAUUCAGAACCAUCUCUCAAAGCACAGGACAAUUUCUCUGUAAACGGAGAUCUUUCAAAUGGAGACGACAGCCUGGCUGAAGCAAACCCCAGCAGGGACAAAGGAGGAGUGCUGAAAGGGAUGUUUAAGAAGACAAACAAAUCUUCCCCAGAGGAUGAGCCACAGGCGAACGCGCCGUCUCUAAAUCCUGAACUGUCCGCCAGUAGCGACAGCUUAACAGACAACAAAGCGUCAAAAGACAAGUCGAGCCUCUUUGGUGGGAUACUGAAACGAUCCCCUCGACCGGGACAUGCGCGCCGGCCCUCCCAGGACCUUUUGGAGCUCUCAGCCAGCAGCGACAGUCUGUCUGACAACACAAAGGAGCCGGGAGGAAUGUUCAGCGGUAUGUUUAAAAAGCCCCCAAAACCCAGUGGAUCAAAGGCGCCGUCUCAGGAGGAUUUGUCGGCUCAGAGCGAGCUCUCAGGAAGCAAAGAUGACCUUUCAAAUAACAAGGAGUCUGGUGGGAUGCUCAGUGGUAUGUUUAAAAAGUCCCCAAAGCUCUUUGGAGCGAGGGCACAAUCCCAGGAGGAUUUGUCUGCAGACAAGGAGCUCUCAGGCAGCAGCGACAGCCUCUCAGACAACCUGAAAAAGGAAAAAGGAGGACGCUUCGGUGGCAUGUUCAAGAGGAAAGGUGCCAAAUCUCAGUCUCAGGAUGACUUAUCUGUGGAUGAUGAACUAUCUGCCAGCAGUGAGAAUCUAACAGAGAAGCCUUCAAAGGGUGGAGUGGCAGCAAAGCUCCUAAAGAAUCCUUUCAGCUCAUCAUCUCAGGAGAAGGAAAAGGCAGAGAACUCUGGAGACUCAAACGAGAACAGCUCUGCAGCACAGAUACCCAAAGCCAAACAGAAUGGUGUGAGUGCAGUAAUGAAGAGCACUUUUUACACUGAUAAACAGAAGAGCUCCAACACGAAUGAUGAGCAGACUGCAGAUGGAGACAGCCAGCCUGGUCACAAACAGAGUAAACUGGCUGGCGCGAUGACGAAACUCAAUCCAUUCCGAGCUGCUCAUAGACAAGAGAAGCAGACAGGAUUAGAGGACGAGGAUACAAGCAAUGAAAAGCCAUCAAGCCACAAACAGAAUGACGCUGAUGACACAGAGACACUCGAGGAGAAUGGAAAGCAACUGGAGAAGUCUGAGCCGGUCAAAAGUAAUUUGAUGCCGCCGGAAAGGAAGCCAAGACAUGAAACACCAAAAGUCCCACCCAGACCAACCAAAGAGGAGAUGAAGUCGACGUCCCCUCCCAGCAAACUAAAGCCUAGACAAAUGGAGGAAAAGUGCCAGUCGGAAGAUGAAGGCACCAAAGAUGAAUCUGCUGUAACCAAAAAUGAUGACGAGGAUCCUCAGGAGAGUAAACGGACGAAGAUGAAAAAGCACAAACAUCAUAAUCCAUUCAUGCCUCAUGCUGCUAAAAAGACUGCGUCUGAUGAUGAGGAACUUAAAGAUGAGGAGGAGUCUUCAUCCAAAGAGGGAGCAACAGAAGAAGAGGGAAAGGACAAAACUGAGACAAACGUCAAGAAACCAAAGAGGCACAAUCCUUUCAUGCCUCGGGUCAAGGCUAAAGUCGUUCCAAAGCGCACACCAGGCGAUGCUGAAGGCGGCCCUGAAGGCAACACAGCAGAGAAUGAAGGUGCCAGCAGGUCUCUCUUUGACCAACUGGAGGACUUCCGUGUUGAACCCUCACAGCCUGAAAACAGCCAGGAUGUGGAGGAUCUCAUGGACUGGUGGAACACGGUGGAAGGUCAGAGGGUGGCCUCACUGUUGGCAGUCUGUGAGCUAGCCAGGUGCCCAAGAUGGGAGGACACGCCUCAAGUUGACGACAUGACAGAAAAAGAAGAAGCCAAGGCCUUCGCGGUGACGGCAGAGAAAGUGCAGAAGGGCAUCCGCGUCUUCAACAAGCUGUUCUCGGAGCGGGCGGAGAGCCUGUGGCAGCACGUCAUCGACCUCAACGGCAUCGCCGACGCCCUGGACAAGUUCAACAAAAAGACCAAGAUCGCUCAGAUCACCGGCGGCUCCACCAGCGCCAUCGGGGGCGUGGCCACCAUCGCCGGCCUGGCCCUGGCCCCCGUCACCAUGGGAACCUCUCUGAUCGUGACGGCGGUGGGCCUGGGCGUGGCCACCGCCGGGGGCCUGACGUCGGCCGGCGCCGGCAUCUCCAACCAGGUCAACAACUCCAUGGACCGCAAGAAGGUGGAGAAGAUCGUGGAGGACUACCAGGAGAAGAUGGUGGACCUGAACAAGGGCCUGAAGUUCAUCAAGCAGGGGAUCGAGAACCUGCGCCGGUUCGACCUCAUCAAGAUGAAAAAGCACGCCUACAACCGCGACUUCCCCGCCCUCACCAGCAGCUUCUACGAGGACGGCGCCAUGGCCGGGAAGGCCAUCCUCAUCAACGCCAACGAGAUCAUGCGCGUGGUGCAGAUCGCCAACGUGGCGGGAAGCACGGCGGCGCGCGCCGUGCAGAUCGCCAGCAUGGCCACCGGCGUGCUCACCGGCCUCUUCGUGGGCAUGGACAUCUACUUUGUGGCCAAAGACUCCAAAGAGCUCAAGAAGGGGGCAAAGUCGGAGUUCGCCGCCAAAAUCCGGGAGGUGGCCACGCAGCUGCACGACGGCCUGGUGGAGCUGAACGGCAUCCGGGAGGAGCUGCAGUCCACCACGCCGGAGCACGCCGGCGAAAACACGGCCGGCGACGAAGGCACCAAAGAGAAACACGACAAGUACGACAGUUCAGACGAAGACGAAAUCGACCGCAUUAAGAAAGCCAUCAAGAAAGACAUGGAGAGCAGAGAAUACGUGUGAGCCCCAACAAGCUUCUCAAGGACAGACGGCUUCUCUUGGGGCUUUAUUAAAACUAAAACUGUCCGGGGCAUUUCCAGUCCCCCACCGGGCAGAAGUCGGCCUCGGCCAGCUGUCUGUCAGGGAACCGACUUCAGCCCAUGUGCGCCACAAUAACUGGAACUGAGAUUUGUGGUGUAAACAGAGCUGUUUUAUUUUAACUACUUCUCUUGUGGAGAUGUUUUCAGUAAAUGGGUAACAGAGGCUUUGUUAGAGUUAGGCAGACCAUUAUGGUAAAAUGAGAUGAUGCAGUAAAUAUUUUCUGACUAACUGAAGAACAGGGCGUCCUGAAAGGGGCAGCGUGCUGCUGAGCUGCUUUUCAGGCUGCUUGUUAAGAACAUGAACAGAGCAAAGACGGCCUCAGAUGAUCUGAGGCAAAAAUGGGACAGGUACUCCACCAGUCUGUGGACAAAGCUUUUUUAUUAAGUUUGAUUCUGGUCUCACACUCAUUGUAAACUAACUGUUUAUACUCAACAAAUGUCCUGAAUAAUGUUUAAAACAGCUAUUGGGCCAAAGGCAAUACAUUAUGCACAAACUAACCAGAUCCGCCAAUCCUUUGAUGAAGAUAAUGUGUUUUUUCGUUUGAUUAUACGCUGAUUAAAUGUGCUGCUAGCAUUGGUGCACUGAACUGACAUUUGCUCAUCAGUCCUGUUUUUAACCCUAUUUUUGUGUGUCUGUCUUUUUUAAAAUUCUAUUUUUAUUUGACCCUAAAACUAAACGCGACUGUCUGAGCCUGUAAUGGCACCCUGGGGUCAUCAGGUGAAGGAAACCUGGGGGCCUCAGGCUGUCUCAGAUGCUGAUCAAAUACACUUCUGGACAUUUAUUGUCUGUGUUACAUCUCUUUUGCUUCAUCAGACCGUUAGGCUGCUGUGCUCCGAUUGGGUCAGCUGUUCUGGGCUCUGAUCGAAUCUAACUCCUAUUUAUUGUUUUGUUUUUCCUCUUCUGGCUGGAUUUGAUCAGUCAGGGAAACUUUUUAUGUGCAAUUUAAACGUGUAAAUAAAUGUUAAAUGAAGCCCCA